CUGGAAAGACCACCACUGAUGAGGAACUGGAAGAAAUGUUAGAGAGUGGUAAUCCUUCAAUUUUCACUUCUGAUAUUAUAUCAGACUCUCAAAUAACUCGGCAAGCUCUGAAUGAAAUUGAGUCACGUCACAAGGAUAUUAUGAAACUGGAAUCUAGCAUACGGGAACUACAUGAAAUGUUUAUGGAUAUGGCAAUGUUUGUUGAGACUCAGGGUGAAAUGAUCAACAACAUAGAAAAGAACGUGAUGAAUGCAUCAGAUUAUGUGGAACAUGCAAAAGAAGAGACAAAAAAGGCAGUUAAAUAUCAAAGUAAAGCACGAAGGAAAAUGUGGAUAAUUAUCAUUGUGUCAUUGGUGUUGAUUUCCAUAAUUGGUCUAAUUAUUGGUUUGUCUGUUGGUAUUCCGUGAUGCUUGGAUAACCUCAGCAUGCAUGACUUCCUGCCAGUGUGGCAAAAUUGAUGUUCAUAAUUAUAUGUGUAACUGUAUUGCUUCUGAUACUUGGAAUUAUCCUAGCAACAACACUAUCAUAGCAAGCACAUUCCAAGAGUUCCGAACCUUCAGAAACUCCAAAAUACAUCUUCAGUAAAACCAAACCUUUUUUAAUAAAUGAUGCCUUACACUGUUCCAUGAUGACGACCUAUCACUAAUGGUUAAAAAUUAAAACAAAAUCACUCUUAAUGUUUACUCAUAAAUGAAGAUGAGAAUGUAUUAGGGUAUGGAUGGAUUUGCAUCAUAAACUAUACAUU